GGUCACAGAAUACGUACCUAGCUCCUUGCCGGCCCGUCCUCUCUAGUUUGACAGCCCAUACUGUUCUGACUCCAUUCUUUUGCCUCUUAUAUCAUUGCCAAUUGUCACCCUUUAUAAUCCUUCUCAUUCUAGGACUUAGUCAUAUCUCUCUCUCUUAACAUUUUUUCUCUCUCUCAUAUUCAUCUUUUUCAUUGACUUUCAUGGCGAAAUUAUCACAGAAAACCAAGAAAAACAAUGCAAACAGCAGUAACAAUGACAAUAACAAUAACACUAAUAGCUCUAACACUGUCACAAAGGUGAAACGAACAAGGAGAUGUGUCCCUAGAGACUCUCCUCCUCAACGUAGCUCAAUAUAUCGAGGGGUCACAAGGCAUCGAUGGACAGGACGAUAUGAAGCUCAUUUGUGGGAUAAGAACUGUUGGAAUGAAUCCCAAAACAAGAAAGGAAGACAAGUCUAUCUUGGUGCCUAUGAUGACGAAGAAGCAGCUGCACAUGCUUAUGACCUUGCAGCACUGAAAUACUGGGGUGAAGAAACCAUUCUUAACUUUCCGUUAUCAAUAUACCAUAAACAAAUCAAAGAAAUGGAGGGUCUAUCAAGAGAAGAAUAUAUUGGAUCAUUGAGAAGGAAAAGCAGUGGUUUUUCUCGAGGAGUUUCAAAAUAUAGAGGUGUUGCAAGGCAUCAUCACAAUGGAAGAUGGGAAGCUCGAAUUGGUCGAGUCUUUGGAAAUAAAUAUCUCUAUCUCGGGACAUAUGCUACCCAAGAAGAAGCUGCUACUGCAUAUGACAUGGCGGCUAUAGAAUACCGUGGACUUAAUGCAGUCACAAACUUCGAUCUUAGUCGUUACAUCAAAUGGCUAAAACCCAAUAAAGAUAAUAGUAGUAACAGUACUGAUUAUAAUCCCAGUCUCCAUAUUCCUAAUGUCGAACCUAAUUUAACACCGAACCCUAAUAACCAAGAACUUGCAUCAACUUUCCUCCACAACCAACAAACAUACAGCUCAGGAGAAACCUUGCUGACUCAACCCCAACCAGCUGCAACUGCCACAUCAGCCCUAGGGCUUCUGCUUCAGUCCUCAAAGUUUAGGGAAAUGAUGGAGAUGUCAUCGGAUGCCGAAUGUUCACCAAUGCCAUCGGAGUCUGACCCGCCACAAUGCUCAUUUCCUGAUGAUAUACAAACAUACUUUGAUUAUCAGGAUUCAAGUGUUUAUGGUGAAGGAGAUGACAAUAUCUUUGGUGAGCUCAAGUCAUAUGUGCCACCAGUAUUUCAGUGUGAUUUUGACACUUAGAAGAGAAGAGAUUAAUAAGUAGUCAAAUGCAUGGGGGAGUUGGGUUUAUUGGUAUAUGACAUACUAUUUGGGCGCUUUUUUUUUUUUUGUGGUCAUGAAAGAUAUUGUUGGAUUGAACAACAACAUGAUCAAGAGGUUAACAAAGAAGAUUUUUUAAUUUUGACUUUACACUUCUCAUAAUGGAGGAGUAGACUAAUGUUAUUAUUUGGUUCAUUCCUUCUAGAUGUAAAGAAGAAUAGGCAUUUGGUAAUCAACAUUCUUUCUACCAAUCAAGAAUAAUAAGUACUUAUGCCUUUUCUUAA